GGCGGGACUGCAGGCCGGCCAGGACAGGUUAUAAGAUGGACAAUCUCCACGUCGAGAAGCCGUGGAACAAGGACACCAGCCUCUUGUCUCUUUCAGCUAAAAGGAAGGCACGACCGGGGGAAGCUACGCCCAACGUCGACCUUGGAGCCUCUUUCUUUGUUUUCACUCUAUCGCGCCUUCCCGUUUAACUUUUGCCACUGGGUGGCCCACCUCGUUACAACCUAUAAUCACGCGAAAAUAUCUUCCAUCCUCCUUACUCCCCUCUUGCCUCCUCGUCUUCCUAUAAUUCUCUCCUCUUCUGUCAAAAACAUCCUCAAGUCCUCCAGUACUACCCUUCACCAUGCUCUUUCCUUCCCUCUCCACGGUCGUCACCGCUGUGGUUGCUCUCGCAUCCUCGGCCAGCGCCUUGCCUCACCCGCCGCGGAGCACCGAUCUCAACCGCCUGGCCUCGAUGAUGCCGCUGAACACCCUGCCGGCACCCACCGGUCUCCAGCUUAAGUACGUCCUGCUGGGCAUUGGGACCCAAAACUACACUUGCGCGACGAGUAUCUCGACUGACGCACCGGGCACCACUGGCGCGCUUGCAAAGCUCUACGACCUUGGCUCGCGACUCAACAAUGACCCGAUGGCGCAAUGGAAGCUCGGCAGCAUCUCCGGCCUUGCCCUGUCCCUCUCGCAAUACGGGGCCUGGCCGCUCGAGACGUACCUCAACUCGCAAGGUUACAGCAGGUGGCUCGGUAACCACUUCUUCACUCAGACGACCCCCACCUUCUCCCUCAACCAGGUCAAGUCGAACCCCUUCCCGCUCGCCUACGUCCUCAAGAAGGCCGCAGUGGAUGCGCCCAAGACAGCUUGUCCAGGCACCAAGAACGAGGGAGCAGUCCAGUGGCUGAAGCUCGCCGACGACAACAAUCUGUCCCAAGGCGGCAUCAACACCGUCUAUCGCAUCGAGACGGCAGGCGGCAACAAGCCAGCGCAAUGCCAGGGCCAACAGACGGCAUUCCAAGUUCCCUAUGCCCUUCGCCAUAGCUCAAUCUCCAUGAUACGUUGCCCGAUGCGGUAG